AUGCUCACUUUUUCGUUCCUAUUACUCUGCUGCGGCCUCUUGGUCUCAGCGCAAGAGAAACACACCAGCACCUUCGUCGUGCAUCACAAGAGGGAGACGGGAACCUGCGAGCAGACCUAUGGGGAAGGCUCGCAGUCGUGCGGCGGCAGCGGAAGCACAUAUUGCUUCAACCCUAAAAUCGGCCAGUCGUGCUGCUCAACAGACAACGGGUUUUGCGAUUCGGGAAAGUAUUGCGCGCCUGUCGCAGGUUAUUGCUGUCUUGAGGGAGAGGAUUUAGAGACGUGCGCCCGUAAUGCUGGUUUUACACUUCCUGGUUCCGCCUCGAAUAUGUCUGCGAAUCCCCAUGUGGUGGUUAAUGCAACAACUGUUGCCAGUCCUACGUUAACAGUCCUUCCCUUCCUCAAAGAAUCGCCAACGCCAACGCCAACGCCGACACCGACACCGACACCAAUGAUAGUAGACAGUCAAAACAACUCAUGCUCAUUCGCUACCCAUGCCAACUUAAACACGCCUGUACCUGUACCAACCCUUAUAUCGCACACGAACACAACAGCCCCACCGCCCGUGCAAGUCUCUUCGGCAGUGAAACGAGCUGAAACUUCGACGGGAUUAGUGGCACUACUUAGUUUAUUGAGUAUUUUGGCUGUUGUUCUUCUUGAUUUAGUUAUCAGCCCUAGGUAA